AUGAGCUAUAACGGCUUUAGCGACGACCGCGGGCGCGGACAACGCGGCAGUGGGCGCACUGCUCCCGAAACGACUGCUGUACGGAUGCGCAAGAUGAUCUUCAAGCAUGCCGACGACGAGGACUUUGACAGUAUCGAGGACCCUCCGCGUCUCGCCAAGGUCCUGCGCCGCGGAUGGCGCGAGGGCGCACCCGGUAUCAUGGAUGGGUUCCGGUACGGUGUCACUGAGAUGCCGUUCAAGCAGGCACACUACGUUACUCUGCUAUUGCACCUCUCGUACCGCGUCGAGGGGGAGGAGGAGGAGCAGGAGGAGACCGACUGCGGGCGCGAGAUCCUCGAGGAACUUGCGCGGUCGUUCCGCGCCAGUGUUGAGGCGCGCGAGUGGCUUAAUGCUCGUCUCUUGCUCCAGUUCCUCUCACUUCUCGUGCCCGCUGGCUUGGUCGAACCCCGCUCCCUCGUGGACGCGUACAAGAGCCUCUUGAGCGUUCUGAACGAGGUCGGUGGUGGCGGCGACCGUGCUGAGCGCGCCGCGCGCGCUGUUGGCGAGGGCAUCAUCCGGUCCGCUCACGCGCUCGCUGGCUCGUUUGCCGAGGACCUCGAGAGCAUCGUCAGGACCAUCGAGAUGUUCGUUACGGGCCGCAAGGGAACGCGCUCACUCGUUAACCCCCUCGCGCCUAUCCUGGCCGAGGGCGAGGAACCGGAGGCGUACGCCGACCCCCUCUCCCACCUCAUGACCGCGCUCCUCGAGCUUCGCGCCAGCGAGUGGCAGGCACCUGCUAUUCUCCCUCGCCCGUCAGAGAACGCCGUCAUCCCCGAAGGCGCGACAAUGCCGGACCCAUACGCCAUCUCGCCAGUUUACAUGCCACCCGAGAUGUACGACGUCGACGAAGAGAACCCGCAGGACUGCGAGGGCCGUACUAGCGGUCUCGUUCUGUUCAACGAGAGCGUUGUUCCCCCAACGAACACGAUCCUCGGCUGGACCCUCCGCUCCCUCCUCCUCGACACGCUCAACAUCUUCGAGGUCAACCGCAAGGAGUGCGCGCGCUUCCUCCUCAACAUCUCCCGCUACCUCGCACCGGGAACGUUCAAGUCUGAGGAAUCAGAGUCGACGUACUCUCUCGAGUCGUCGGUCGUGAGCACCAUCAUCUCCACUCUCUGCACCCUUCCCAACGCGCCUCACAGUCCGCUCAUGUACGGCUCGGUUAUCACCGAGCUGUGCAAACUGAGCCCGGCCACUAUCGCGCCGCCAGUAGGCCGCGCUGUGCGGCGAAUCUUCACCCAGCUCGGCGAGGACGGCCUCGAUAUCGAGAUAUCUCGCCGAGUUUCUGACUGGUUCGCUAUCCACUUAUCCAAUUUCGGGUUCCAGUGGAUGUGGAAGGAGUGGAUUCCCGACCUUGAGCUCCCUGCCGCGCACCCGCGGCGAGCGUUCAUGCGGCGAGUGGUCGAGCAGGAGAUCCGCCUCGCGUACCACGACCGCAUCCUCCAGACGCUCCCCGAGCCCAUGCUCGCCAAGGACGCCGAGGUCGUGUCGCCAGAAGCGCCGGAUCCGGUGUGGCAGUACGAGGCCGCCGGCAGCGACUUGCACGCUGAGGCUUCCGACCUCCUGAGGCGGAUGAAGAACAAGGCACCCUCGCACGAGGUCAAGAACUUUAUCACCGACCUUCCGGAUGCCAUGGACCAAGGCGGUGACUCCCUCCUCCGUGCAUCUAUUGUGAAGAUGGUCACCGAAACCAUCCUCAAGCUUGGUGACCGCUCCUUCUCCCAUUUCCUCAACGCAACCGAGCGUUACCUGGAUGUUUUGCGCUUCAUCACGAACGACUACGCCUCGCGUCGUGUCGUGCUCGACGCAAUCGUGUCCUUCUGGCGCCGCUCGUCCCAGAUGCGUCUCAUCACCAUCGACAAGUACCUCCAGUACAGUAUCCUCGAGCCGCUCGACGUCGUCGACUGGGUGUUCGCCGCCGAGGCGGGCAGCGACACCGUGCCGGACGGCUGGACCGACGUGGACAAGUGGGAGGUCCUGCGUAUGGCGCUUGACAAGAUCGUCGGCCGCGUUGUGCGCGAGCGACGCCGCCUCCGCGCCGUCGACAAGGCGGACGAGGUUGCGCGUGCCCGUCGCGCCGCCGAGCGCCUCGAGCGCGGCGAAGGUGUUGGCAUGGACGACGGGGAUGAUGACCCGGACCGUUCCCGCGAGGCGCAGGAGGUGCAGAGCCAGGUCGAUGUGCAGACGGACCGUCUCGAGCGCGUGUUCAGCGCCACUGUCCAGCGUUUUGCCGAGGAGCUCCUCCCAUGGGCAUACGGCCGCGAGGGUGCCGGCCUCAAGUCGGUCCUCGCCCUCCUCGAUGCCGGCGACAGCGGAGCGUGGCCCAUGCGCGCUCGCUGGGGAUGGUGGCGCGAGUUUGUGCGAAGCUACGCCCAGCUCAUCGAGCCGCUUGCCGACUCGAUCGAGACUGAAGUCUUCGCGAUCAUUCCCCCACACUCGGCGGGCCUCGAGGCUCGCUCAGAGGCCAUGGUGCGCGGUGUGUGGGCCGACGCGCUCGGGCGCGAGUAG